AUGAAAGCUUUUGUCUCAGCCGUUCUGGGUUAUGAUCCGAAACAAAAAAAUACAGAUGGAGGAAUAUUAGGGACGGUCAAAGCAUAUUAUGGGUGUGUUGAAGCUCAAGGCCGAGGAACGCUCCACUGCCAUAUGCUUAUUUGGGUUGAAGGAGGCCUCAAUCCCAAUGAAUUGAAAUCGAAAUUGAUGAAUGAUGACGAACAGGGCUUCAAGGCUCGUUUGAUUGCGUUCUUGAACGAUACUAUCAGCACUUGUAUUCCCCCAGAUCCAGGCCCUGAAACAUCUACGUUGUCUUCCGUUGUAAAUCCUUGUUCUGUUCGUGGAAUACCAGCAUCCCUGACAGGCGAUGCUCGCGAUCAGGCCCUGCAAAAGGAUAGACAUUGUCUUGCGAAAAAAUGUCAGAGCCAUCGCCACACAAAUACCUGUUAUAAGUUGUGGAAGGGAUUUCCGAACCCUCGAGAGUGUCGAUUCGCGUUGGAUCCUGAAUCGUUCCAAGCGGAAACAUCUGUUGAUCCUGAUACAGGGGAGAUAUGUCAUCAAUGUUUGGACGGUAUGGUGAACAAUUUCAACAUGACGAUUCUGGAGUGCGUGCGCUGUAACAUGGACAUAAAGUUUAUCGGCUCGGGUGCGGCUGCCAAGGCGAUUUUGUAUUAUAUCUCAGAUUAUAUAUCAAAGCAGCAACUCAAGGCCCAUGUUGCUUAUGCUGCACUUGAUUUAGCUGUUUCAAAACUCGGUGAUUACGAUCCGUCUGAGGACAUACUUGAUAAGCGUGCCAAGGCACUCCUACAGAAAUGCGCUUAUGCGAUGUUGUCUUCGCAAGAAUUGUCUUCGCAGCAGGUUUGCGCCUACCUCAUGGAAACGGGAGACAAAUACACAAGUCAUAAAUACUCAAAUUUGUAUUGGACAAGCUUCGAAGGCAUUAUAGAAUCGGAACGACCAAGUCCAGAAUGCUAU